AUGCAGGUUGUUUUCCAGACAGAAACCACAGAAAUCCCAGAAGACGCGUUCAAAUAUUGGCCAGCUGAAGGCAGCAAAGGUAUAGUAAUAAUAACUGCAUUAACAAAAAACACACACAAUGCACUUAUUUUCGUUAAUUUAGCAGUCACGAAACAGUUACAUUAUAAAGCAGUCUUUAUUGUAUUCUUCAGAAUCGGUUUUUCAAGGCGGGAAACCUUCACACGCCCCCACUUCAGAUCUUUCAUUAGACCGCCUAAACGUGCUUGGCCUACGCGAAAUCUUACGGCCGGGCUAAUUAGUAGUCUACGAAACAGUUAUUUGCUUAAGAAACUAGCUGAGGCCCAGAGUAGGUUAGAAUCACACAAUAUAGUGUCGCUCUAUUCCCCUUAACUGAAGGCAUUUCUGACCCGCCAUGCAUCACACAAGCAACAUAUCCAAAGCUGAGGCGAGAAUGGAAAUUUAAUUCAUGAAGAUUUAUUACAGCUUUUCUUUCUUUAGAUUCGCUUCCAUUGGCGACUUUGGACGUGCGAAGUUUGCCAGCGGCUUUCUCGCUGCUCAAAAAGACAAAGGCAGAUAGUCAUCAUGGCUAUAUGUCUACCAUGGUUGUUGGUGAAGAAAAUCAUGUUUAA